AUGGAGUUAGUUACAGUAGAUAAAACGGCCGAGAUCGUUAACGAGUACCGCAAGUACAAUGCGUCGUCGGCGCGUGAUGACGUUGAGUCAGGACGGGACUCUUCAUCUGGUGACGAAUCAAAUAGCGACGGCGAUGUUGGGGCAUACGCUAACAAGGGCGUGUCCUCCCCUCCAAAACCAAAGGAGAGGCGCGUGAGGCGCUUAGAUGACAUCGGUCCCAAAGCCGGCCAGAAAGAGGACAAGCGUGACAACCGAAAGGGGCGUAAGCGCCGUCAACAAAAGAGAGGCACUACUUCCCAUGCUGCGUCUGAAGGCGACGAGGAGGUCGAGGACGGCGGACCCGUCAAAGAAGGGCGUGGUGGUGGAAAGCGCAACAACGUGAAGGCGGCGGCGGCAAAGGGCAGUCCCUCGGGGAGGCUCUCGCAGGAGGUGGCUGGUGGCGACGAGCAGGAACAUGGCGAGCUUGAAGGGCGUGGUGGUGGAAAGCGCAACAACGAGAAGGCAGCGGCGGCGGCCAAGGGCAGUCCCUCGGGGAGGCUCUCAGAGGACGUGGCUGGUGGCAACGAGCAGGAACAUGGCGAGCUUGAAGGGCGUAGUGGUGGAAAGCGAAACAACGCGAAGGCGGCGGCGGCAAAGGGCAGUCCCUCGGGGAGGCUCUCGCAGGAGGUGGCUGGUGGCGACGAGCAGGAACAUGGCGAGCUUGAAGGGCGUACUGGUGGAAAGCGCAACAACGAGAAGGCAGCGGCGGCGGCCAAGGGCAGUCCCUCGGGGAGGCUCUCGCUGGAUGUGGCUGGUGGCGACGAGCAGGCGCUGCCCAGGCCCGUUAUAGAAGGGCUAGCAGAGCAGCGAGGUGGUGGCGGUAUCGAUCAGGAUGAGGACAAGCCUGCAGUAGUGACUGCUGGGAAAGAACAUGGACGUGAAGCUGUGAUUCCGUACAAACGACGCAAUGCUGUGGAUUCGGCCGGUCGCGACCGAAAUGCGAGACAAGCUCGACAAGGGACGAAACAGUAUGUUUCGAGCUCGUCGGGUUCGGAGGAGGGAUCCAGUGACAGUGAGUCAGGCAGCUCAUCCGGGAGUGAGGAAGUAUACGAGGACGAGGAGGAGGAGGAAGAGGAAGAGGAGGAUGAGGAGUUGGAGCCGGAGAGCGAGGAUGAGGAGGAGGCUCGGCCUUUGAAGAGGAGGGGUGUGCGGAAGACCAAGAAGGGCAAUGGAAAGCGAAAACCGGAGACAGGACGGGUGAAGAGCUAUAAGCAGAGUGUGGGUCGUGCCAAACCACAUGGCAAGCACCAGAGACCUCGAUUCGAAGCUAAAAUUGUGGGUGUGCGUAGCAAGGAGAAGCGGGAGUUGGAUUUUUACGAGUCCAUGGGGCAACGAUGUCCAUCAAGCCCUCAUGAUCGGAAAGCCACCGACACGUAUGCUGCGUUACGCGAGCAGAUGGAUUCGUCUGGGAAGGGAGAUCCGAUCGCUUGGGGGUCAGCGCGGUUUGGCAGGGAAGCGACGGACCCGCAUGCAAAGCUUUCGGGGGGUCAUGCGGUUCAGGUGAAAAUCGAGGGAGCAACGAAGCGGCACGAACCCUCGGCCGCCGCAGCAGCCAAUGACGGUGUGGGAGGAGGUGUGUGGGCGAAUUCCUUGGGUGAAUGUGGCGGCGGUGUGGAAGGCUCCAUGUGGGAUGUACGGGAUAGCAGGGGAGAAGGACGAGACUUGAAAAUGGAUCCGGCGACUAAGGAGGGGAGGGGCGAGAGCAUGGGCACACCUGGCGCAUCCAGUCGGCCCAAUGUGGCUGGCGGCAAGACGGUGGAGCAGCUCAUUUGGGAGCUUGCCCAGCGGGAUCGCGAAAUUGCGGCACUCAAGGCAAGGCCAGGAGCCAAAGGACCUGUCAAACCCUGCACCCCUCCGUCUAGGCCUCCUCGUAUUGCGUCUCUGUCGAGCGGCCCAUCUGCAGUGGGCCUCGAUCCAGGCGUGGCGCCAGAAAGCCCAUCGACGGUAGACGUACCGGUCCGUCGAACGCGUGGGAUGCCCAAGCCCAAGCUGCUGAAGAGCCCCUCUAAACAGUGCUGCUGGUCUGGUGUGGGUGGCAUGCGGCGCAGAGAUAGCAGCAGCACUCUCUGUCAUCCCCAUGUGCCCAAUCCCUUCUUUCCGCUUGCUCCUCCCCCCCCCUCUCUAUCCCACCCCUCUCCCUCCUCUUCCAGAGCCCCUCUAAACGGUGCUGCUGGUCUGGUGUGGGUGGCAUGCGGCGCAGAGAUAGCAGCAGCACUCUCUGUCAUCCCCACAGCCCCUCUAAACGGUGCUGCUGGUCUGGUGUGGGUGGCAUGCGGCGCAGAGAUAGCAGCAGCACUCUCUGUCAUCCCCACAGCCCCUCUAAACGGUGCUGCUGGUCUGGUGUGGGUGGCAUGCGGCGCAGAGAUAGCAGCAGCAAUCUCUGUCAUCCCCAUAGCCCCUCUAAACGGUGCUGCUGGUCUGGUGUGGGUGGCAUGCGGCGCAGAGAUAGCAGCAGCACUCUCUGACAUCCCCACAGCCCCUCUAAACGGUGCUGCUGGUCUGGUAGCCCCUCUAAACGGUGCUGCUGGUCUGGUGUGGGUGGCAUGCGGCGCAGAGAUUGCAGCAGCACUCUCUGUCAUCCCCACAGCCCCUCUAAACGGUGCUGCUGGUCUGGUGUGGGUGGCAUGCGGCGCAGAGAUUGCAGCAGCACUCUCUGUCAUCCCCACAGCCCCUCUAAACGGUGCUGCUGGUCUGGUGUGGGUGGCAUGCGGCGCAGAGAUAGCAGCAGCACUCUCUGUCAUCCCCACCUGCCCAAUCCCUUCUUUCCGCUUGCUCCUCCCCCCCCUCUCUAUCCCACCCCUCUCCCUCCUCUUCCAGAGCCCCUCUAAACGAGCCCCUCUAAACGGUGCUUCUGGUCGCGUGUGUGGCAUGCGGCGCCAGCGUGUAGUGGGCCGGGCUGCAGCGGGGCCAUCCGUUGGUUCUUCUCCCACACUCCCCUUCUCCCGCCCCCCGUUUAACUCCUGCCCUCCUCUUCUCUCCCGCCACCCCCUUCUCUCCCGCCCUCCCUUCCUCUACCGCCCUCCCCUUCUCUCCCGCCCUCCCCUUCUCUCCCGCCCUCCCCCUAUCUCCCGCCCACCCCUACUCUCCCGCCCUCUCGCCAUUCAUUCCCCCCCGCCCUCGAUGAGGGAAACAGCGGGUCAGCUCGUGGGGAAACAACAGAGACGGGCUCCCGUUUGCCAACGGCCGGGCCUAUCAAAGGUUAAGAGGACUGACUGGAACGUCUCCAACUCCCACCGGAAGAACAGUGAAUGGAUGGGGGGUUUGCACCGUAAUGUGCGGUGGAUUAUCAAGGACCACUUCACACGCCACACCCCCGUGUACAACACAGACGUGAAGGGCUUCAAGUGGGGCGACCGUGGGCUGUAUGUUCACGAGUCAGGAUUUGAGGCCUUCCGGGGGAAGGCUGAGCUUGAUGCCGAAACGAAGGACCUGAAGGAGGAAGAAAAGGAGGUGUACGACUCGGAGGACAUGGAGGAGGAUAAGGAGGAGGAGGAUGAGGAGGAGGAGGAUGACGAGGAGGAGGACGAGGAGGAGGAGGAGGAGGAGGAGGAGGACGAGGAACAUGCCCGCAGCAUGGCAGCACCGCAGUGCCCACAACGGCGGCGGCGGUGGCAUGGUGGGCAGGGCAGCAGCGUGGAUUGCAGUCACAGCAUCAGUCAUGUGGCACGGCGGCUUGGGGCAGGGGGGCAGGGGGGCAUGGGGCAGGGGGGCAUGGGGCAGGGGGGCAUGGGGCAGGGGGGCAUGGGGCAGGGCGGCAUGGGGCAGGGGGGCACGGGGCGGCAUGGGGGCACGUCGAGAAGAGUCAUUGAAGAUAUGGCUGCUGAGAAGGUGAUGGGUACACCGAUCGAUGUGGUCAAAGAGGCGGUGCUGGCAGCAGUGAGAGAGGAGCUGGCUGCACACAAGGAGGAGGUGGAUGAGCUGCGGUAUAUGUCAACCGCAGUGAAGGAGAGGAAUGAAGCAAUUGCUUCUCUGAUGGAGGAAUUGGCAGCAGUCAAGUGGGAGUUGGCAGUGGUUAAUGGGGAGUUGGUGGAACAAAAGGUCGCUGUGGCAUAG